AUGGCCGCCGCGUAGGAGUUUGUGUGUUGACAGAUCAGAGUAAGCAUGGCUGUAGCGUUCCAUAGCCGGUGCGGCGAUAGAGUGACGCUGAUAAAUAGUAAUAGAACAGCAGUCAGAAACUUUUCAGAGUUUAAUAACGGGUUGGUGCUGAGCAGUCAGCCUCUUGCAGACAAUCAGCUUUUUCAAGUUCGCAUUGAUAAGAAGAUAAACUCCUGGAGCGGAAGUAUCGAAAUUGGUGUAACAUGCUUGAACCCCGAGACAAUGGAAUUCCCAUCUACUGCGUCGGAGCUUCGAGGAGGAUCUUGGAUUCUGUCAGGGACUUCAGUGCUCAAAGACGGCCAGUCUAUCGUGGAGGUGUAUGGCGAAGACUUGGAGAAGCUGUCUGAAGGUGACUGCGUCGGGGUUAUGCGUACCUCAGAGGGUGAGCUGGUGUUCUACGUGAACGAGGAGUCGCAGGGGGUGGCCGCGAGAGACGUUCCGAGCGGCGUCUACGGCUUUGUCGACAUGUACGGGAAGUGUGCACAGGUGACAGUCAUCGAUGACGACGACGAGACCCGUGGAGACUCUGACGACAGAUCCGACUUCGACGUCGAGCUGAGUGCGAGUUGCGGAACGUACGAGCCGGCCGACGGGCAGCAGCAGCCGGCACUGGUGACGGACCUCGUCGUCAACAUGAACGUCGCCAACACUCGGCGCGACGUCAUCGCGUUUGAAGAGGAGUCGCCGCCGGCGUCCGUAGUCGCCGCGGAGGACGUGGAAGUGUCGCCCCCUCCGGACAGGUUGAGGUUCCACGAGCGCUGCGGCAGCCUGGUGCGCAUCUCCUGCGGCGGUCGCAGCGCGGAGAGGAGGCGGCCGCUCGACGAGUUCAACAACGGCGUCGUCAUGACGCACCGCCCCCUGCACGACGACGAGCUCUUCGAGAUCCGCAUCGACCGGCUGGUGGACAAGUGGUCCGGCAGCAUCGAGGUGGGCGUGACGACGCACGACCCGGCCGCCCUGGCGUUCCCCGCCACCAUGACGAACCUGCGUACGGGCACCACCAUGAUGUCCGGCAGCGGGAUCCUCACCAACGGGAAAGGAACGCGUCGCGAGUACGGCGAGUUCAACCUGGACGAGCUGUGGGAGGGCGACCGCAUCGGCAUGGUGCGCAAGGCGAACGGCAACCUGCACUACUUCAUCAACGGGCUGGACCAGGGCGUGGCCGCCAGCAAGGUGCCAUCCCGCGUCUGGGGCGUCGUCGACCUCUACGGGAUGACUGUCAAGGUUUCCAUCGUGGACAGAGACGAGCGAGAGGAGCAGAACCUGAUCACACGGAGGAACACGACGCAGCGGUCGCAGGCCGCGCUGCACAGCCUCAAUGAUCUGCCCGAGGAGGACAACGUGGACCGGCUCAUGUUCCACCCGAACUGCGGCACGCACGCCGCCGUCAUCAACAACCACAGGACGGCGCACAGGCCGCAUGCGAUGGACGACUUCAACAACGGCGUCGUGCUGACGAACCGGCCGCUGCGGCCGGGAGAGCUGUUCGAGGUGCGGCUGGACAAGAUGGUGACCAAGUGGGCCGGCUCCAUCGAGAUCGGCGUGACGAUGCACAGCCCCGCGGAGCUAGAGUUCCCCUCCACGAUGACCAACGUGAGGUCCGGGACGUGGAUGAUGACCGGGAACGGAGUGAUGCACAACGGGUCGACCGUCAUCCACGAGUACGGCCAGAACCUGGACCGGCUGCAGGUGGGCGACCGCGUGGGCGUGAUGCGCACGGAGGAGGGCACGCUGCACUUCUUCGUGAACGGCGUGGACCAGGGGAGUGCGGGGGCGGGCGUGCCGGAGCAGGUGUACGGCGUGAUCGACCUGUACGGGCAGGCGGUGCAGGCGACCAUCGUCGACCCCGCCCUGGAGCACAUGUGCCGCUCCGCCUCGGACACCACCUUCAGCACCACCAACCGCACCGACGCCGCCACGGCCGGCGACGGAGACGGCAGCGCCUCGUACAGUGACCUGCGCUUCCGGCACUCGCACGGCAAGAAGGCGCGGCUCUCCAACGGCGGCACGACGGCGUCGCGGCCCCGCGCGUUCGGGGAGUUCAACGACGCCAUCUUGGUGAGCAACCGCCCGCUGAGGGACGACGAGAUCUUCGAGGUGGUCGUGGAGAAGACUGUGGACUGCUGGCUCGGCUCCAUAGAAGCCGGGGUAACAUCCGUACGGCCAGACGAGCUGGAGCUACCGUGCACGAUGACGGACCUGGAGCACGGGACGUGGAUGCUGUCGGGCAGCAACGUCAUGGUGGACGGCGUCGUGCUGCGCAAGGACUACCCCUGUGACCUGGACGAGGUGGUCGUCGGCAACAGAGUGGGUAUGGCGCGGCACUCGGACGGCACGCUGCACUUCUACCUGGACGGUGUGGACCGCGGGGCGGCGUGCGGCGGCGUGCCCCCGGGCGUGUACGCCGUCAUCGACCUGUACGGCCAGUGCGCGCAGGUGUCCAUCGUGCAGCCCGAGCGGCCGGCGGGGGCCGCUCCCGGCAGACUCACUCUGCCCGACCGCCCCCACCAGCUGACAACGGAGACGACUCCGACGACCGUGGGUGGCGGCAACGCGAGCGAGACGCUGGGCCCGAGCAGCCAGACGGCGGUGCCCGCCGACUCCUGCCACAGGUUUGGUGCCGUCAGCGGGAAGAACGUAGUACUGCGGUCCGGCGGCACAGUCGCCACCCGACUGCGCGGCUACUCGCACGCCCUGGUGUUUUCUUCCGACCCCCUAGAACCCGACGAAACAUUCGAGAUCUGCUUGCGCGAGCUGGCCCCCCACUGGUCGGGCACCGUGCGGCUGGGUGUGACGACGCUGGUGCCCACGAUGUCCGGCUCCGGCUCCGGAUCUGGAUCCGGUGGUCCCGGCUGCCCACCUGUCGCUGCCCUGCCGGCGGUCAGCGCCGACACUUGGUACCUCAUACGCAACGAGGUGCAGAAGAACGGGCGCACGCUGCAGCACUGCUACUGCCCCAGCCUCGAGUGGCUGACGGUCGGCGACCGCGUGGGAGUCCGGCGCGCUGCCGACGGGGCCCUCAGCUUCUCGCUCAACGGCGAGGACGUGGGCGUCGCCGUGCCGUACGUGCCGAAGAAAGUCUACGCGGUGGUGGACCUGUACGGCAAGGCGGUGUCGGUGGCGGUGACGAGCGUGGGCGGGCGCGCGGGGGCGGUCCCCGCCUCGCCCGGCCCGGUCGGCGUGCCACCCCUCGCCGCCGGCAGCGGCAGCGGCGGGCCGGACGACAGCCUGCGCUCCAGCCGGCUGCACGACUCGCUCGAGAUCCUCCUGGACACCGCCGAGCCGGCACAGCCCGCAGCCGACAGGGCUCCACUUGAACCGACGGGGUCGGAAGGCGACACCUGCGAAGACGUCCCGGUCGUCAGGGAAGCCGCGGCGGACGACGGCGCCGCGGAGCUGGCAGUGGGCGCCGCGCCGGCAGAGGACCGCUUGGAGAGGACGAAGGGCUCCGCCGGCGCGUCGUCGUCCGACAAGGGCCAGCUGUCCUCCAGACAGGGCCAGUCGGACGCCGAGGCGGAGAGCCUGAUGUCUUUCUGGAGCGAGCGCUUCGGUCGCAACAUCGAGCUGGGGCCCGGCGGGCGGACGGCGCGCCGCACGGCGUCCUACAACCAGGGGCUCGUCGUGUCGGACCGCCAGCUGCCGCGGGACCACGUCUUCCAGGUCCGCAUAGAGGCAACCGAUCCGCGCUGGGUGUCGUCGCUGCUGGUCGGGGUGACGGCGGCACUGCAGCCUCCGCCUCCGCCUUCGCCCACGCCCCCGCCGCCUCGGCCCGCCGCACCACAGCGCUCGACGCACUUGCCCGUCACCGCCCUCGGCCUCGGCAGGGACACGUGGGUCAUCUGUGGCGACUUCGUGCUCAGGAACGGCAUCCCGAUCCGAGGGCAGUACGGCCCCAACUUGGACUCGCUGGGAGUGGGGGACGUGGUGGGCGUGUCGGUGGACGCGGCCGGCCGGCUGCACUUGUGGGUGAACGGGGCGGACCAGGGGGUCGCCGCUCAGGACCUGCCCGCGCACCUGCACGCCCUCGUCGACGUGUACGGCCAGUGCCAGCAGGUCCGCAUCGUCGGCGGCCCGGGCGAGAGCGCAACGCCCGACGAGGCUCCCGCCCUGCCGCUCGGCACGGAGGAGGACGACGGCGCGGAGGCGGUAGCCGCGGCCGAGCAGGCGGGGGUCGGACCGCCCGCGGCGGCCGCCGCAGCCUACGUCGCGGAGGUGGACGACGCGGAGGACCGGGACGGCCUCAGCGAGAAGGCGGACCUGGAGUGCGACGAGAAGGAGAAGGUGGAGGCGCAGGCCGAGGCGAAGCGCGGGGCCGGCGCACAACAGGACGAGGAACUCUUCGCGAGUGGCAGAGACCCGCCGGCGUCGCUGUCGAACACGCGGGCCCCGGCGUCUCCGCCGCGCUCGCUGCCCGCCACCCUGUCGGACAACGACGUGGCCAACGGGCAGCUGAAACAGCAACAGCAGCAGCAGCUGCUGCACGGCUCGGCACCGGUCAUCACGCCGACAGCCGUGGCGAAGAAGUCGGUGCCGCCGUCGCCCGUCAGUGACAACUCUGUCAGCCAACAGCAACAGCAGCAGCACGGCAAAAUCGUCACACAGGUGUCCGGAGGGACCGCCUCGCGGCGCGCCACGCCGGCCUCGACUCCAGGCGGCGGCGGGCUGGACAGCUGGGCGGCGGGCACGCCCCCCGCCGGCACCCCGGCCGCGUCCGCGGCCGCCCCCGCGUCCGCCAGCUGCCCGUCCUCCGGAGGAGGCCGACUCUGCGCGCCCGCGUCCGCAGGCGCCCCGCCGGCCGCCCCGGCCAGGAAGUGCGACUACCACACGGUGUGCGCGCGCUUCCGCAACUUCCUCGGCUUACCAGACGGCUUCUUCCUGCCGGGCGACGCGGGCUCCUGCUUCUGCGAGCAGUGCGUGCGCCGGCUGCGGCCGCCCUCCCCGCCGCCCGGCCUGACCGUCCGCCGCAAGUCCUGCGUGGCGGCGGCGCCCGCGGCAGCGUCGGCCGCGGGGACGCCGACCGGGGCAUCCGACCCGGCCGUUCCCGCCGCACCGACAGUGGUGGGGACCGGCACUGUGGAUGCCGGCUCCGGGACGGCGGUCGCGGACGUGGCCGCCUUGCAGUCUGCUGAGAUACUGCUGCAGAUAGCUGGCUGGUGCAGGUUCCCCCUGAAGAGGCGGCCGAAGCCGUCUCCCCAGGAGGGCGGCGACAGCGCGGGCGCGCUGCCGCAGCCGUGCGCGGGUUGGCACGUCGCCUUCUGGGGCGCACGCCUCGGCGACGUGCGGCAGGUGCUGGACCGCGGCGAGCUGUUGCUGCCAGGUGAGCUGGGCCUGCAGCGGAUGCGGGACAAGUCGGACUCCGAGGGCUCGCAGCUGGUCUUCUCUCCGGACAUCCGGCACGCCGUCAGCAAGACGUUGCCCUGCCGCAAGAAGUCAGAAUUCCUGGACCCCAAGACGCGGCAGCGGUACCGUGCGUGGGCGGCGUUCCAGGUGCUGGUGCAGCCGGGUACGUACAAGGUGUCGGCUGCGCGGGCGCCGGCCCAGGCGGAGGCGGAGGAGUGGGUGACCAAGGAGCGCGGCACGACCGUGCUGUCGGCGCUGCUGCUGCGACUGCGCCCGGCCGACGAUGACGCGGCGCCCGCCACGUCCGCCGAAUGCCGCGGCUGAGCCGGACCGUUCUCCGCUCCGCUCCGCUGGUUUAAGCUUUCUCGUUUCUCUCUUACCGCACCAGUAUUUGCAGACGCCGCCCCUCCCGACAGGGCACGCCGACCGUGCCGUCGCGCGAGGUUAGACGUGUGGCGCGGUCGGCGUUUAGCUUCCGGCCUAACUGCAGUUGCCGCGCUCGCCUGUACGAGCACGCCGAGCGCUCCGUCUGGAGGUGUAUCUGGUGACUGGGAAGACCGGACUGCUGAAAUACGUACCCCUAUGCCUGGAUACGGACUUGAAAUAAUGAAGAGUGAGGUAUGACGAUGACGAUCCACCCCCGCCCGAUUCAUUCCCACUGAACUGUGCACGUGGAAAUGUUUCCUCGUCAUUCGAUAUACGUCCAUAAGGGUCUCUUAUAAUUUUGUUUUCGUGUGCCUCUUUACAGAUUUACGAUAAGAGACAUUAUUUAAAACAUAACACAGUUUACUGAAAUGCAGACUUUCACGGCCGGAAAUAUCGUGUCCAUUAUAAUUACCCGGGCUGUUAAGCUGUGGUCGGGUGACGAAUUCUGUGUCAGUUCCCAAUGUUUCGUCUCCGACUGCGGGAGACACCUUCGAGGGGGUUCGUAGCUCGCUACUGACUGAGCCGGUGGGUGUGUCAGACCUUUCGUCGAGCUACGGACUCCCUCGAAGACGUCUCCCGCAGUCGGAGACGAAACGUUGGGAAUUGACACAGAAUUCGUCAACCAACCACGGCAUAACAGCCCGGAUAAUUACAAUGGGCAUGAUAACACAGUUAAUGAACAGCUAGCAGGCUUGAGGGGUGUAUAUGAAUGGGAAGACUGACUACACUUUUCUAAAAGGUGAGAAAUGUAUGACUUAGUGUGUUAAAACACAAGUGGAAGAUAUAUGCCCUCUAUGAGUUUAGAGAGAGAUAUAAUCACACCAGCCUAAAGAAAAAAAAGGUGCGCAUGAGUGUGGCCUGCAGCCGCCCCCCCCCCUCCCCUUACACACACACACACACACACACACACACACACACACACACACACACACACACACACACACACUUAUAUAUAUGUACACACUUUAAAUUUUUACACGUAAUGCAAUAAGACACACAGAGAGAGAGAGAGAGAGAGAGAGAGAGAGAGAGAGAGAGAGAGAGAGAGAGAGAGAAUGCAUAGCAAUAUCUGCCUGAAGGACUUGUUAAAUUACAUUUUACUUUGUCACCCAGAAGUUCUCAUUAAAAACAAAGAAUCUUGUAUAAGAGAUGACGGUAAUUAGCCAGUUUGAGGUGUCCCUAAUGUAUUGGAAGACAGGGUGUAUUAUUCAGUAGUUGACAGUAUUACGAAACGGACAGAUUGCUAAAUCAAAUAGAUUCUCAUUUUGAUGCAUUCAUUCAUUACGUAGACACGUGUAAUUGUGUUCUCCCGAGAGCUGAGACUAGUCUCUCAGUAACAGGCAACCGCUUUCAGUUCCUACACUUAAUACUCAUGUAAAAUUAUAGACGGCAUUUUGUAACCGGAGCAAAGCGGCGAUCGGUGUAAGGGUCUAAAACUCGAGUAGAGAGAAUCUCGAUCACGUUUUCAGAUUUUUAUUCGCCAGCAACUAGUUUCGGCCAUUUCCUCGGACCGCCUCCGGGCUUUUCUCUGCCGUAACGGGUGCCGGUGGCGGCAGACGGAGAGAGAUCCGUAAAAGUGAGGAUCUCGCUGUAGUCAGGCCGGUCAGAAAAAUUAGGCACCGGACGUCGAUAAGUAGUCAUUCGUAGAGGGCAACUCGCUGCCGAGGCACGGGUGCCGACGACUAAAGUUCCGGCCGCAAGCCUACGGUGUGUGCCCCGCCUGUUCUCCCGCACUGUUCUACGAUUCUGUUCCGUCCGAAAUAUUCUGUUAAAAUGAAGGGAUUUUAAUACGCGAACCAUUUUGUACCAUACAAUUAUCGUAUUUCACUUUAAAUUCGAGUAACACGUGCCCGCCGACAGAAAUUACGUUUGUUACGUAACGGCUCACCCUCGUACAAAGUACAGUUCCGAACUUCGAAAUAGUCACUUCGCUCACACACGUACGUAUUCCACUCCCUUUUCACUUUUACGUACGAUCGCGAGAAGCGUACGCGUUAGGGUUCCACCCUGUAAGUGCGCUCUGGCUCGACCGACUCGCCCGUCGGCACCGACGGUCCCCGGGUGCCGGUGUCUCCCUCCCCCGCACUCACUUUUGGUGCCACGUGCACCGAAAUUGGCCGCCGUACGACUGCGAAAUGUAAACUGGCGAAGUGCUCCUUUUUUAUUGCAAUUUACCUGCCUUCGUGGCCGACGUCUCCGAUGCGCAGUCGUACGGCGGUUCUCGACUCGGGGUCAGCCGGUCCGUAUUUCGGUGCCGGAAAAAGUUUUCGGCAGCACUAUUUUACCGGCGGAGGGA